AUGGCGGCGCGAUCCGGCGCUGCGCCGCUCUUCAGCAAUCCCCUGGGCCUGGCCCAGGCUUAUGAGCUGCUGACAUCGAUAAACGUGAUCGUCGUGCGUACACAUGGGACUUCCGACGAGUGUUACGCUCGAUGCCUGGACUACCUGCGGACGCAAAUGCGUUUCAUGUCCAUAAAUGACCUACGGGCGACCCAGCCGAACUACGAAAUGAGCUCGACGGAAAGACAUCGCGAGCGUUACGUGCUGUCGAUUAACCAGUCUGAGACCCUUGCAAUAGCGGCGGAGAUUGAGGCUUCGUACAUAUCAGCGGAAAGCGUGAGCCGCAACAUCCUGUUUCCCGACGUGGCGUCGGCGCCUUACGUGCUGGGCACUUCGGCGAAAAACAACUUCAUAGACGAGAAAAACGUGCUAUGCAUACGGUACGUAGAGGAAGGUUUUCCGCAGUAUUUGGAUUCUGGACUAUUCUACCAGGGGACGGUAAAUGCCGGGAUUGUCAUCCACGACACUGAGGUUGAGACCAGCCAGGAGCUAAAGGAUCUGUUCUAUGAGGAAGUGCGACGCCUUUACGACCGUUACGGAGUUUCGAUCGUGCACAUGCUAUGCCGAUCCUCACGCGGUUUUGAGCUGUUCUCCCGCGAAUACCUAUGCCCGCUCUACCCGUGGCUCAAGUACAACGAGCGAGAGGACAAGUUGAGGGUUGACGCCAGAAACGAGUUGUUCUCGAACCACAUCCUCAACAAGUCCACUGCCCGCGAAACCAUCAUUAUGUACAGCUCUAUGGAGAAACUGCCGUAUUUUUUGCGAGAGUUGAUGGUGCAUUGUUUGGUUUGCGUUCUGCGGGUCCUGGUGGCUGGGUUGGAGAACGAGAAGUUGCCAGAGAGCCAGAUCGUCACUCGCUACGACAACCCCGAACUUCUGAACGGCCUUUCUCGGAAGCAACGUACGCAACUCUGCACGGCGAGGACGAUGAAGAUCCACGGUGACAUUCAUCUAAUGUUGAACAACCUGCCCAAGGCGAUAGCGACGUACACCCAAGCGAAGAAGCGUUGCAAAAAGGCACAAGAUGAGCUGUUUCGCAGUUCUGCAGGGUUCUGCCUUGCCAUUGCGUUAUCACGGCUCUCACGGAUCAAGGAGCAGGAGCAUCACGACGCAACUGCCGCGGUCACCACCACAGGUCAUACCUCGUCCGGGGCGGCAGCGCGAUCUACACCGCGAAAUUCUCCUAGUUGCGGCGCUCGGAAUGACUGUUGUCCCGCCGAAAAAGCCAACGACGAACCCACGACCGAUGUUGCAAAUCUCAACUCGCCCACCGCAGUGCAACAGGCGACGACCCGCCUGCCGUUAUCUGCUUCUGGCAAGCCUUCAGAUGAUGCGGUUGAUCCCGGAUCUUUGGACGUUCCGAAAUCUCGGUCGCAGCGAUCUACGCCGGAGGAGCCAUUGUGGGAUGUGCCACCCAGCGUUCCUGGCAGUCCGCAGUCCUACUACAUUUCCGACCAGGGAGACGCAGUUACGGAAGAUGAGCGUAGCGCAUCAAAAACGCCCACUGUGAACGGGUCGGUCUCGCCGUCCCCCACAAAUAUACAGAGCAUACGAUCGAAGAAGAUGACUGUGCUGUCGCUUCCCGCAGAUGGCGAGCAGCAUUCAGCACAGCCACGUGAAGGUGACAGUGCUGCACCUUACGUCGACAAGAACGCUGAAAGAACAGUACGGACCUUCACCAAAGCGGCCACUCGCUGGCUGCAGCUGACACGUGUGCCUGGUCGUGAACUUGAGGUGUGCCUGCCGAUCAUGAUGCAUUACCUGCGCGACAAUGGACACCACAGGCAUCUGCAUUGGAUCAUCGCGCGUAUGGUUGAGUUGGCAGACACUUGCCUGACGGCCGUGGAGUACACCAACGUGCUGAGGUACGUCAUCGAGGUGACCCGCGGUGAGCCGUACCGACGCAAGUGGAGUUUCUACAACUUCCUCUACGAACACCGGCGGCUGGCCAAUGGCUUCGCAGUUCCAAGGGAGAUGGUGGAAGAUGUAGUAAGGAGGUUCGGCCUGGUGACAUCACUGCCGGAGGAAGCCCCCGCUCUCACCAGCAUCUGCUCGUCAAGCCAUGGGUUGCCAUCUGUGUGUUCAUUGAAUCAACAAUCGGGUGUAUCUUCCCUUCAGGCUUCGGCUCGCACCUCAACUCCCCAGUCGCAUCCGAUGGAGAAUAUCCCGUCGAUCGACCAUUCGCAAUCUCCAGCCAGUGGACUGGCAACUGGCGUUGACGAUGUUGCCGGUUCACCCAUCGUCCAUCGUAUGCAGCACUCGGGAACUCGCGCAACUAGGUCGCUGCAUUUUGAGCCGAACGGCAUGAGCAGCACAUUCAGUGCCGAUCAUGCCGAUGCCACGUUGACUGCUAAAGUGGCAUCCGAGUCGCCAGACCAGUUUGCCGAAACGAAUCACAGUGUUGUCAAAAGGUCUCAAGUUGGACGACCCCCAAUGCACAGCACGUCCAAUUCGGUGCUUAGGUACCACAAUCGACAGAAACGAAGCUACCAUUCCGACGCUUCUGGUGCUUUAUUGGAUAUUUCUGCCAUCAUGGAUCCAAGUUUCACUGGUGCUCUGCCUGGCAUGUAUCCGAAGUUUCCGGAACCGUUGGAGCGGUCGCUUGAGAGGAUAACGCGAAUAGUUGGACAACCGUCUGUUUGCAACUUCUGGCAGAAUGAAGACAUCACCACAGACUGGCGACUGACGCAUUUUUUCAGCAUCUCCCGGGCGUAUAUUGACGUGGCAAUGCGUGAAUGCGAUGCAUACGGUAUGAGGUUGCAAAAUGCUCACCUCUCACUGAUCAGCUUCGUCAUGGCAGCAGAAAGGUUCCUGCUUCACACCUCACGCAACCGUCCCAUAUCCCGAUGCAGCUCCGCUAGCACGAAACAGGGAGAGGAGAAGGUCAAAUCUAAAGAAGGCAAUGCUAAAGGCGAAAGCGAUAGUGGCAAAGGUGAGGGGAAUAAAACGAAGGCUGACGGCGAAAGUAAAGACCCCGGCAGUGACGCUGUUCGAAAUGACGCGUACAACCGCGAUGCAGUGUGCCACGACUUCCUGAAAUACCAUGUGGACCAGAUUGUCGCCAACUGCCGCGUUGUAGGUAGCGGUGGAAGAUGCUCGCUAUUCGAUUUCGACCACGUCAUCUUCGCAUCUGAUGUGUCAGACGCGCUGACUAUGCCUCGACGUGGUUAUCGGCGCGUUGAAAUGAGCACUACCACGGCCCGCAUCCCGAUCAACCUGUGCUAUGCCGACCGACAUCUGCUCUACAUACUCGGCGGGCAUGGCGGAUCCAACCUGGUGGUGCCGCAUAUAUGCGGAAUGGACUACGUGCCACCGAGAAUGGGGAGUGACGACGUCAUCCAUGUGAAGUCGAACGUCAACGUCGGAUACUCUGCCCGUGCUCGACAUGCCGGCAGCAAAACGGACCAUACAUUCAAGCUACGGGAUACCCGUGGCUACCGUUGCAGGUGCAUUUGCAACUUUUCCCGUUGGGUUCACAGCGCCGGUUCGAUGCCUUCGUCGUCUCGUACGAUUGAAAGCGCCAGAAGCGAAACUGACGCGCCCGAUGGCACCCCUCGUAAGGGUGCCACGGGCAUGCCCGUGUAUCGUUCGUUGCCCUCCGGACCUCGUUGCCGGGUGGUCAACGAAGCAUCUUCUAAGGUGUCAAAAUGUAAACUAGUCAAAAUCGACCCCGUUCAUGCGGAUCUGUUGUCCCCUCAUGCAGCAUCGGACGAGCCGCAUCCACGGGAAGACACCAAGGGUCACGAGGCGCAGGCGAGAGCCGUAGACAUCGAUAUGGGAACUGUUCAGACAGUAGAAGUGCGAUUAUGGAACCCGCUACCGAUACAGUUUAUGUUGGAAGAUCUGAGCCUGAUAACUGUGGGAGCUCCUGUGGAUGUCAUCCGGCGCAGUGUAUCCUUGCCGCCGUCGGCUAAAGAACUGAAGGUUCUGAUCCGUUUCGUCACAAGAUCGAAAGGGCGUGUGGAUGUAGUAGGCAUCACCUUCAGGAUGCUAGGAUUUUUGCGAUGUAACCAAGUUUUCCUCCGGGUGCCAUCACAGGUGGUCCGCUCCACUGUGGAGUCAGUCACUGCGGAGCCGUGGGCACUGCAGGAUCGUACUGCCGACCUAGUGAGAGAGGGCCAUGGGAUCAUGUUCACCGUCGGCAACGUUGUUUACAGGCCCAAUGUAAGUUACCAGAGCACCCGCAUUACGGUGCCGCGGAAUGUUCGGAACAACUUCGAUCACGUACUAUGCUCGAGCGCCCGGAAGCGCGGCGGCCGACAUGAUCGCACCCGUCCCCCUGCGGGCGCUGUUAGGACAUCGUCUAUAGUGUCACACUGCACCCAACGGUGUGAAUCAGACAUUUAUGCGUCGCGCUUUGGGGUACGGAUACCGGCAUCGAGCGACGCCUCAGUGCCACAGACGGUAAGGCUGUGUUAUCGGGAAACUUGCUGGAUUUGUUGCUUAACCAGGCAGAAGGGGCGGGAGAUGGUAGUGCAAGAUGCGCCGCAACUUGAUCUCAUAGAGGGCGAAGAACGACUCAUCUAUGUCACUGUGCACAACGAUUCGGUAGACGUGAUCUUGUCCAAUGUGGCGGUCUCCGUCCUACCAGUCCUCGAUGAGCCGGAUGCAUUGUGCGAGGUUAUGACCCUUAGAGACCGCGAGUAUGCAGCUAUGAAGCAACGUGCCGAUAUCGCCCAGCGUGCCAGCGCGUCAGUCCGCAGUUUCACGGUACUGGCGGACAAAGCAGUAUCAAUGCGAAACACAAUCCCCGGGCUGAGCUCAAUCAACAACGCCGAAUCUCCUCGCAGCCACUGCUCACUGGGAAGCUCAAGGGCCAGCAUCCAACCCAUGGCACAGGAACCCGCCGCAGUGUUGCCGGGCACCACCCUCUACAUACCCAUACUCUAUCGUGCCGCCAUCACUGCGUCACGGUUCCACGUGAGGGUCGAUUACGAGUACGAUGAGCACGACGGGCCAGUUCGGGCUACCAUCUACAAGAGGAUAAACCUUGCUGUGUCCAAGGGUAUAUCGAUAGGGCACAUGGGAAUGAUUGUGAAACCGCGCGUCAACUUUGACAUUGUGGCGCUGAUAACCACACUGAAACAGCGCCGCCUGCAGCCGACGACUCUUGGCGCCUUACAAAUGUACAAGCACGUGUUCGACGACCAGGAGGUUGAUGUGAUACUGAGCGUGGCCAAUGCCACUGACGAGCCGUUUUUGUGCUUAAGUGGCGGCGCCAACAGCGCCUUUGUUGCGCUGCCUAAAGCUGAAUCACACUGGAGAAUCACAGCCCGUCGGCUGCUCUACGUCGAGGCGAAACGCAUGUGCCCAUUCUCAUUUGUGCAACUGCUCGACCACCACAUGGCCCUGCGCUGGUCUCUGGGUGAAAUACGUGAGGGGGAGCUGCGUAUCAGCGACCUCACCCACCAGAAGCCAAAACACGCGCCCGGCACCAGGGCUGGCAGGCGCCUAUUCUCCAAGCGCGAAUAUAAGGCUGCCGUGCUGAGACAGUGUACCAAGCCGGCGCUGUGGCGGAUGAAGGCUUCAGGGCGACCGCUUUCUAUCUUGCGCUAUUCGAGGAUACCGGAGAUCGUCCACACCAAUUUGCAUCAUCUGGUGGAGUCGAAAAUAACGAUGGACAUUUCCGUGACGGCGGACUCGCCGGGCGUAGUCAGCGCGCAGGAUAGCUUGCUUAACGAGUCGUGCGUAACGGUGUUGGAAGCCGCGUCGUUCUCUGUGAAGGUGCUCGCGCGCAACAACGGUGACGUGCCAGUGUACAACUACACUACGGUGAUCGUGCCGUUCCUAUAUGGCACAUGCGGCCAGCCGCGUGGUCUACACUGGACGGGAGCUCUGGAACAGCUGGGCAUGGAACGCCUGAUGCCUGCCUCUAAAGCGGUUACGCGCACACUGGCUCCGACCACGUCUGACGCCGUCAUGACAAAUAGAAUUGUGUUACCGGGGGCCUGUUUGAGCGCCUCCGCGGCCAAGUGUGCCGAUGACAACGUCCACGUUCGGUACACGCUUAUGCACUCGACUGUGCUCGGCACAGCCACCGUUAAACAGGAUUCCAAGGGCGGGGUGCCAACAAUAACCGUCCGUACCUGCGGGACUGCCGCUCCGGCCGUCGGCUCUAUCGUAAUCGCACAAGUAGCCAGGCUGUCUACCAAUCAGGUCGAAUGCUGCAUAGUUUGUCUCGAUGGCAAGCCUGUGUCUGCGGGGCUGAAAGGUGUAAUCAUGAGCGGCAGCAUCCACGAGUCGAAGGCCAUCGACUCCACUGUGUACGAGUGGUUCAGACCUGGCGACUUCGUCCGUGCGCGCGUCAUAUCCACCAGCGACGCCAAGCAGCUGAUGCUGAGUACUGCGCAUCGUGACUUGGGUGUCAUCAGAAUUCCGACAGCGAAUGAACAGAUGAUACCGAUUUCGUGGAAGUUUUUCCUCGGGGCCAAAACUGGGACCGUGGAAAGUCGCUCAUCCGUCAGCCACGGUGGACAAGGGCAACCAAUGAUCGUUGGUUAUCGCAGUUACCCUGCCGAACAUGUCGGACCAGGUGGCUGGCCUCACGACACAAUCGCACCCAAAAGACUCGUUGGAACUUUGGCUUCUGAAUCUUCGUUUUGUUUUGGCUUGGGUUCCUUGGGGCGGGAGCUACCCUCACCAUCACCUUCCUUUUCGUUAGAGGAACCAACUUCAUCAGAUGAGCCAUCGGUGCUCGAAGAUUCUUUACCUCCUUCUGAUGUCUCAUUAGGUGAGUUGUGGUCAUCAGAUGAGUCAUCACUCUUAGAAGAGUCAUCGCUAGAUGAAGAAUCCUUACUACGUUUUGCUUUCUUACUAGACGAAUCCUCAUCGGAUGAGUCACUGCUCACGGAUGACUCAUCGCUUGAUGAAGUGCCAUCACUCGACGUAGAAUCCUUAUUACUAUCUGCGCUUUCACCAGAUGAAUUGUCAGAAUCAGACGAUUUAUCGUCAUCGGAUGAGCUGUCAGAAUCAGAUGAAGUGUCACUCGACGAAGAAUCUUGA